UGGAGUUCCUGGUCCACAUGCUCCCGCACCUGUGGAGGGGGUGUGAUGUCACGGGAGAGGCACUGCUUACGGCAACGGCUACAAGUGUCCCAGGGGUCAAAUAGCACCAUGUGCCUUGGCCAGUCCAAGCACUACCACCUGUGCCAGCAGCAGCUUUGCCCUGCCAAUGCAGCCAGCUUCAAACAGCAUCAGUGUGCCAGUUUCAACGCCAAGGCCUUCGGGAAGCAUUAUUAUCACUGGAUGCCUCUUUAUCCAGAUGAUUAUACCAGCAUCUCCAACAAGCCAUGUGAUCUCCAGUGCACCACCAGGAGUGGAGAGAGACAGCUGAUGGCACGAGCCCAGGAUGGCACAACAUGCAAGGACAGGACCUACCAAGGGGUCUGCAUUAAUGGGAAGUGUGAGCCAAUAGGGUGUGAUGGCAGCCUCUAUUCUUCCCAGGUGAUGGACCGGUGCCGGGUGUGCGGAGGAGAUGGGAGCACUUGCUACCGGGUCUCGGGCAGUUUCCGAAAGGGGAUCUCACAGUUAGGAUAUGUGUUCAUCACCAACAUCCCUGCUGGUGCUACAGACAUUCUUAUUAUUGAACGAAGGAAAACAGAGAACAUCCUGGCCCUAGCUGAUGAAUCUGGGCACUUCUUCUUCAAUGGGAAUUCUGCUAUUGACAAUCCACAAAACUUCCGAGUGGCCGGCACCGUGUUUAAAUACCGCCGGCCUUCCAACCUUCACUCUGAUGGCCUAGAGUACAUUAUUGCCCAAGGGCCCACCAACCAGUCCCUCAAUGCCAUGUACUAUAACUUUAAUGGGAAAGUGCCCCACGUAACAUAUGACUACACGGUGCCAAGGGCACUGCUGCCAGCCCUUCAGACAGUCCCUCCUGCCAUCAAGAUGCCUCUCUACCUUCACUUACCGGAGCCCAGCCACAGUCACCGAGAUGGCAUUCCAUCCAUUCCUCAAGACCUCAAUGGCACUUGGAUCUCUCUCGCGCCAGAUGAUGUAGGGGAACGUUUCCCACAGGGAGAAGAGCAUAGAGGUGUGGCCUUCAAUAGUCAGAACUUCUUCCCAAGUAAUUCUACUGCUCAAGGCAGGAGCUGGGGCUGGAAACAUAGGACAGAGGAGGAAAGGUUGGGGUUCCAAGUCCGACGAGUCUACCAUGCAAAUAGAGCCAGUGAAGACGGAGAGGAGACGGCAGGCAGAGAAACAGAUUUGGCUCUCAGACUCAAUCAGAUUACAACCAGCACAGCCAUGCCCCCUGGUGCAGCAAGGCCUGAAUUCCAAGAGACUGGCAGGAUUGGGCCAUCCAGGCUUCGUCUCUUCAGGAAAUUGUGUCUCCAGGAUCCACAAAAUGCUGCUUUUUGUAGGGAAUUGCACUAUCUGUUGGUCAAGCUGGGGAGGAAGAACUCAACGGAGGGGUUUUGGAGCGGCUCAUUGGUAGGCUUGCCAGAAGGACUACACAAGCAACCUGUGGAUAAGAACUUUCUAGAGAGCGAGAAUGCUGAAGCCUAUGCAGUGGAUGAAGCAACAAAUGACACUGUGAUGGCAACAUCUUCCAAACCCAGUUCCAGUUCCAGCCUUCAGACGGGCUUUGGAAACAAACACUUCUCAGAACCUCUUCAGUCUCCUGACACCGAAAGCAAUGACUUUGAGCUGAACCCCCUUGGCCAUGAUGACAUCAGCCUGGCUGACAUGUAUCGCUGGAAAGUGUCCGCCUACGCACCUUGCAGCUCCACAUGCACAUCAGGGAUCAGCACUUCCUAUGCCAUGUGUGUCCGCUACGAUGGAGUGGAAGUGGAGGAAGUAUAUUGCGAUGCGCUGACCCGUCCAGAGCCCACUCAUGAGUUUUGUGAAGGCAGAGACUGCCAACCUAGGUGGGAGACCAGCCAGUGGAGUGAGUGCUCCAGGACCUGCAGUGAAGGCUCUCAGUACCGAACUGUGCGCUGCUGGAAAAUGCUGGCUCCAGGCUUUGACAGUUCUGUUUAUGAUGACUUGUGUGAGUCAGCUGGGCUAGCGAGGCCCAUGGAGCGAAAGUCGUGCAAGAAUAAAGCAUGUGGGCCACAGUGGGAGCUGUCAGAGUGGUCUGAGUGUUCUGCCCGGUGUGGUGGUCCAGGAACAAUGAAGAGGGAGGUGCGCUGCUCCGUCGACCCCCACCUGUGCAAUGAGUCAAUGAGGCCUGUCAGUGAGCGGGAGUGCACAGGACCUCCCUGUGACCGGCACUGGACUGUCUCUGACUGGGGACCGUGUUCAGGUUUAUGUGGAGAGGGACGGAUGAGCCGCUUUGUCACCUGCCGCAAUUUGGAAGGGAAGGUGAUCUCAAACUCGCAGUGCGACCCCAACACCAAGCCCUUGGCAAUCUAUCCAUGUGGAGACAAGAACUGCCCUGCACACUGGGUUGAGCAAGAAUGGGAUCAGUGCAACGCCACAUGUGGCCGAGGAGUCAAGACGCGGACUGUGCUGUGUGCAGGGCUGGAGAAUGGUCUGUACAGGGAGUACUCUGAGAAGCGCUGUGAUGUGUUGCCAAAGCCGGAAGUACAGGUGUCCUGUUUCAAGAGACCCUGUUCAACGUGGUUUUCAACCUCCUGGUCCCAGUGCAGCAAGACCUGUGGCACAGGCCUGCGGUUUCGUGAGGUGAAAUGCUACCAGGGCGAAGUCCUAGGACAAGGCUGUGACUCUGUUUCCAAGCCUGAAGCCAAGCAGACUUGCCAGCUACAGUUGUGUCCCACAGAUGCUCCAGAUGAAGACUGUGAAGACAAAGCGACGGCUAACUGUGUGCUGGUCUUGAAAGUGAAGCUCUGUUCACAUUGGUACUACAGGAAGGCUUGCUGUAGAUCUUGUAGGAGAGAGGAGCCACCUGCAAUUAACAUGGGUAAAUAAGGAAGCCCCUACAAUUACAUUCUGGUGCUGUGACAGCCAAGAGAAACAUAGGAAGAUGCCUACCAAAUCAGAACAUUGGUCCAUCUAGCUCAGUAUCGUCUAUGCUGACUGACAGCGGCUUCUCCAAGGCUUCAGGCAGGAAUCUUUCCCAGCCCUACCUGAAGAUGCCAGGGAUUGAACCUGAGACCUUCUCCAUGCCAAGCAAGAUGCUCUAAGUUACAGCCCCAUCCCCCAUGCUGCUCCAUCCAUCCAAUUCCCUUGCUUGAGACUUCUUGGACAGUCUGCCUGAAGUCUUGCAUAGUUGUAUAUGAAAGUGUAAAAAAAUCUUGUGCGUGGGCAUUUUAAAACAUCUGUAUGAGAAUUCUAAUCACACACGUAUAUUGAACACUUAAGCAUUCUUAACACACUUAAGCAUCCCAUUCAGCAACCUGUGCUAGUUGCCAGGUCCAUUUAUUUAUUUAUUUUUGGCUCCUGGGUCACUGGAUUUGUACACCACCAGAGCACAUCUGUGUUUUCAAGUUUUCACCAAAAAAAAAAAAGGUUAUUUCUCCUCCCAUUGCUGUCAGGAAAACUAUGAUAUUGGCAUUUGACAAGGGCUUCCUCUCAAUUUCCACUAAGAGUUGCCUUACCUCGAUAUGCCAGUUUUCAGUGAAGGUGGGCAGCAAGGUUAACGACUCUUUUUCUCAGUACCUACUGUAAGACCUAGUAAGGGUCAUUUUUGUAUUAGAUAAGUUAGCCAUAAUAUAUUAGAUAAAUGCUUGUCAUGAGUCAAUUUGUUUGACACAAGUUCAGGCCUUGACAUGAACUCAUGGGCGAAAGCUAGUCAUAUAGGUGAAUUCCCAAAUCUCCCACACUAUGUCUAAAUUAGAUAUCCUUUUCCCAGUUGAAUACACACACUCCCACCUUGGGUGGGUCCCAAUCUCCCUCACUACAUUCAAUUUAGAUAUCUUUUUCCUGGUUGAAUACACAAACUUCUCAUCCCACUAGUGAAUAAUUUUCUGCUCACUGUUCGAGAUAGCCCCCACCUCUGCUUUUGUUUAAUUUUAGAGAAUCAGCCUAUCAACUCAGGUGAACUUCCUCAUUUUUCACUGAAAAGCAGAGUCUAGAAAUGAGAGUAUGCCAAGAGUAUGCCGACCACAGAGUUCCGCUUGAGGGGUCGCUCGCCCAUGUUUAUGCCCCUUUCACUUGCGUCUGUCAUAUUUUCUGGCCAAUGACAUUAAAUGUCAAGAGUAUAGCAAAUUGAAUUAUAGGUCGAUUGGUGAAGACCCCUUUUUGGCCAAUUAUUAUCAGAGAAAUGUGGAAAAAUGGAUGUGUGGGUAGAUCUGUAGAAAGGUACAAAAAGCCCCCAUACUAGAACUCAGGUAUCUCGGGCUCGGAGCUCGGAUCGAAGUGCGGAGACACAUCACACAGGAGGAGGAGGAGAGGAAGAAGGAGGAAACACAAGGGUUUUUGGUGAGACCCAGGGGAAUUGAAAAACCACAAGAAGGGAGAGGCCUUGACAAUCUUUUAAAGCUGUUAGCUAAAACUGCCUGAUUGCUUUUGCGGGAGAGAGAAGUAUUUUUGCUGUAUGCUGUGUGCUGAGAUUUACCUGAAUCUGGUGAGCAAUAAAGCCUUUUGAUUAAUUUUUA